AUGGUGCAGAAACGUCCUUUUGAUGCUGAGGAGAUGCUUGAGGUGUCUUUCAAACACCCUAAACAUGCAAGCCCCAGUGAUCUUGUACCUUUAUCAGAAUCUGUUUUUCCUGAUGAUGAUUGCUACACCCAUUUGCCUAAAACUUCAGAGGAAGGAUAUGCAAAAGGUAGUAACGAUUGUAAAGACAAGCUUGCUGGUGAAACUUGUGAUGUACUGCCUAGUGGGGCUGGGGAAUCUGAAACAAGCUUUCCUGUGAUAGGUGUUCCUGCUUCUUCUUGGGCCACCAAUGGCGUAUCCGAAGAAUAUCACCGAUCAGAACAACCUAUACAUCUCCCUCUUUUUCCUGAGUAUUUCAGUCCAGAAAGGCCAAUAUAUUUCAGUCCAGAACGACCCAUAAGGACAUUUACUCGCUAUGAGGACCUUUACUCCUUACUCCUUGAGCAAUCUCCUCGCAAGCCUGUUUCAAUUGGAGCUAAUCAUCAAGCUGAUGUUCCCCCAUGGGUACCUAAUGCCGCUAAUGCUGUCUCAGAUUCAAACAUCACUGUUCAUGACGGGGAAGCUGAAAAAAGAAUGAUGGGGACCUGUAUAAUUUCUAUGCCUCAGAUGGAGUUAUCUUCCAUUGAUGAUGAAGCUGGAAAGGGAAGAACUGAUUGCAGCUGCGAAGACAGUGGGUCUAUAAGAUGUGUAAGACAACAUAUAAUGGAAGAAAGAAAGAAACUAUUUAAAACCUUUGGGAUUGAGAAAUUCAUUGAAUUGGGGUUUCCUGGCAUGGGAGAACAAGUGGCUGAUAGAUGGACUACAGAGGAUGAACAUCUAUUUCACAAGGUUGUCUUCAAUAAUCCAGCAUCAUCCAACAAGAAUUUCUGGAAUUAUCUUUCCAUUGUUUUCCCCUCAAGAAGCAAAAAGGAGAUAGUGAGUUACUACUUUAAUGUCUUCAUGCUUCGUAAGCGGGCAGAGCAGAACAGGAAUCACCUAUUAAGUGCUGAUAGCGAUAACGAUGAGUGGCAAGGUAAUGAUGAUCAUGAUGAUGAGGAUUCUGUUGCGGAUGAUCCUGUUUGUCAAGAUGAUACUUGUAUCAAUAACUGCAAUGAUAAUCAUUUGGAGGAAUAUGAGGAUGAGUUUCCUGAAGAUGAAACUUGUGCUGUUAACGGAUUUGGAGAUCCUACAAAGAGAAACAUUGAUCCCGUUGAGAUGCAACGCCCCAAUGCUUCCCCUCAUCUGAAUCAGCAUCAGGAUCGAUCAGUUUGGCAGGAUUCAUGUGGUGAAAAAGUUAAGCAUGAACCAUACACAUCACAUGACAUGGGGGGAGUUGCUUCAAGGGAGACCAGAGUGAAGAGUGGAAAUGGAGAUCAUUGGUCCAGUAACUACAAUGGAAUAAGCAAUGGUUAUAGCCAAGGGUAUGUGUUGGAGCCCUGUGAUGCACCCGCAUGGGAUUCUGGCUUUGUAUCUUGCUCUAAAAACAAGAUGGACUUUUUACCAACAUGUAGCAUGAUAGAAGAGGUUUUUGGAGAUGGCCGAAGGCAAGACAUGAGAAGAGGUUUCAUGGAUUGA